ACUAAUAUGUCUAUCUAUAUCAUUCUACUCCACAUUUUCAAGACGUGCAAGUAGAAACAAGUGGUAGUGUUUUCAAGCUUUCAUCUACAUAAACAUGGCUGAUCCAGCAACUCUCAUAGCUAGUUGGAUCACACCCUCUUCCCUCUUCAUCCUCGUCAACCUCGUCAUCGGAACCAUCGCAAUCACCUCUCGCCUCACCGCACAAAAAACUCAGAACGACCAACCCCAACUCCAUCGUUCACCCUCUCUGCUUGACCGAGUCAGGUCCUUCAAUCUCCGCCAUUACGAACCAUCUCAGCCCGAGAACGAGUCCGAGUCCGCUCAGCCUCAACUCGUUCGCACACCCUCCUUGUUACUAGAGCGAGUCACCUCGUUUAAAUUUUCCCUCUUCCAAACUCAACCUGCACUUGCAGUUGCAGAAACAGAGCACGUCCAACCCGAACCUGAAAACUCACGCCCCGACCCGGUUGUGUCGACACGUGUUCGGCCUCCUUCGGUGUUAGAGCGGGUUCGAUCCAUGAGCUUCUCGCGCCUCUACAGAUCAGAAUCGAUGCAUCGAGAGGGGGUGGAUCCGGGUCCGGACACGGGCCAUGUGGAUAUGAAGAAAUCGGCGAGUGAGAGGGUGGUUUCUGGGACGUGCGAGAGGAAAGAGGAGGAAGUAGCGGUGGAGCGGCGGAGGCCGGCGACGGCGAUUGGGAAGGGUGAGACGACGUCGUGGGGAGAAGAUGAAGAGGUGGAUGCGAGAGCUGAUGACUUCAUCAACAGGUUUAAGAAGCAGCUGAAGUUGCAGAGGAUGGACUCUAUUCUCCGUUACAGGGAGAUGCUCAGAGGAAACUGAAAGGAGAGACUCUUCUUCCCUUUCGAAGAAAUUAGCGUUCAUGGUGAAGAAUGGUUGUUGUACCAUAAAGUAAAAAUUGUCAUGGUUAAUUUGCUGUUGUUGUUUAUGUUCAUGCUUUAAAUAAUAUUAGUAUUAGAUUACAUGA